GUGAUCAACACGCUGAGAUGGAACGAACCUGUCUUCAACUCUUGCUGUUGAGUACACUGGUAUACUGUAGCCUCGGACAAGGUGGAGCCUCUCUGAGCAUCCAUCCUGACAGAUCUCAGUUCUCUGAAUAUGAGUCUGUCUCUCUGAGCUGUGAGGUUCAGGGGAACUCUGCUGGAUGGAGAGUGGUGAGGAACACAGAGAGAGGAAUCCUUUCAGAGUGUAAUACUGACUGGGGAAAACAACAAGGGUCUUCAUGCAUAGUGUCACUAAUACUAUCAGACAGUGGAAUGUACUGGUGUGAGUCUGGGUCUGGAGAACACAGCAAUGCUGUCAACAUCACAGUACAUGAUCGCUCUCCUCCAGCCUCUCUGAGUGUCAGUCCUGACAGAUGUCAGUUCUCUGAAUAUGAGUCUGUCUCUCUGAGCUGUGAGGUUCAGGGGAACUCUGCUGAAUGGAGAGUGGUGAGGAACACAUCGAGAGGAAUCCUUUCAGAGUGUAAUACUGACUGGGGAAAACAACAAGGGUCUUCAUGCAACGUGUCACUAAUACCAUCUGACAGUGGGGUGUACUGGUGUCUGUCUGGGUCUGGAGAACACAGCAAUGCUGUCCACAUCACAGUACCUGUUGGUGCUGUGAUCCUGGAGAGCCCUGCCCUUCCUGUGACUGAAGGAGAUUCUGUGACUCUGCGCUGCAGAUAUCAGGGUACUCCCUCUGACCUCACAGCUGAUUUCUACAAAGAUGGAUCCCUCAUCAGGACUGAGACUACAGGAGAGAUGACCAUCCCUGCAGUAUCCAAGUCAGAUGAAGGACUCUACAAGUGUACCAACUCUGUAGGAGAAUCACCAGAGAGCUGGAUGACAGUGACAGAUCUCUCUCUCUCAGAUCUCUCUCUUCUAGCCUCUCUGAUUGUCAGUCCUGACAGAUCUCAGUUCUUUGAAUAUGAGUCUGUCUCUCUGAGCUGUGAGGUUCAGGGGAACUCUGCUGGAUGGAGAGUGGUGAGGAACUCCGAGAGAAGAAACCUUUCAGAGUGUAAUACUGACUGGGGAAAACAACAAGGGUCUUCAUGCAUCGUGUCACUCAUAACAUCAGACAGUGGAGUGUACUGGUGUGAGUCUGGGUCUGGAGAACACAGCAAUGCUGUCAACAUCACAGUACAUGAUGCAGGUCCAACUCCCAUUCCAUCUCCAGCAGUCCCAGUGUUGUCCAUGUCUCUACCCAGGCUGCUGUGUAGUCUACUGGUGGGGUCUCCCUACCUGCUGGUGACCAUCAUACUGCUGGUGAAAUGCUGCAGGAGCAGGACUCAAGGUGAAACCAGGAUACCCAGGAAGACCCACCAAGACCAAUUAGGUGAUCAUGUUGAAGAAGAGUGAGGCUGAGAUCACCUGAUCACCAUAACAACCAUCAGAAUGGAACUCAUGGAAAUCUAAUGUAGAACUGUGAGUCACAAUGCUGUAUGUUGUUACAUUGUAGCUUCACCCACUAGAACAAUAGUGGCAUUUGAUCAAAUGUGAUCUAUUAACUGAUACAUGUAUUAUUCUGAUUGGAAUGUGUUGUAAUAUAAUGUGUUGUAUUAUUCAUUCAGCAGCUGUCCUUUAACAUCAGUCAUAUACUGGUCAUAUACUGUAUAGGAUCAUGGUUUUGAUACAUUGUAAAUGCCUUCACUUUUCAACUGAUAGGUGUUGUGGUUCUGGCAUUAUUGUUACAGGUUCAGUAUAAUGUUAUACCGUUACAUGUUACAGAGAUCGAAAACAUACAGGAGAGGAGAAUUCAAUUAUUAUAAUUAUUUACUUUAAUUUCCCAUUUUGUUCUCUAUAGUAGUUUAUCAUUAUUUGAUUUAAACAUGAAACUAAUGUAGGCCUAUUGAUUAUAUUGUGGAUAUUUUGUGCAAAACCAUUUUGUCUGUCAAUUAAUCAUCUAGCUAAGAUAUUGCUUUUGUCUUUGUAGCAUAUAGAAUGA